GGACUGCGCCUUUCUCGUGGUAAUUACAGAGAAGUGUGAUUGGCCUAGCGCACAGCUGUCAACCAAUUAAACGUUACAGCUUGUUAGACCUGGACGUUUUAAUGGAAUAUGUUUACAUAACAAAGUUGCACGCCUGUAGUUCAUUUUGCGGAUCAAUCCAGGAGAGACUGACUCAGAGAAAGAGAGAGAGGACGAAGUGUGAGAGCGCCACAAAGAAUCGCAAGUUGUCGUGAGCAAAGACCAGUUCGUUCUGUCCCGGAGGAAAGCGAGAGCCUUUGGAACACUGUGUGAUAGUUGUAGUUGACAGCCUGCGCCACGAUCCAAGUUUGAGAGAGUUUGAACUGUGCGCUCUAGGAGUCACUGAGAAACACAGUUUUUCAACACAGAAUUUUUGUCGUCUGAGACGCGCAUUCGGAGAUAAAGUGUGGAUAUUUAUCGAUUGAAGUAAAUUUGAGUCGCUAUUGCGAAUUUGAGAACUUGUCAACUAGCAACGAUCCAUCAUAUCCGUGAUCAUCACAUAUCAAAUAUCCCUUGGAUUCUGUGAGGUUAUUUGCCAAUCCAGGGAAUAAACACUCGGAGGACAGUCCUAAAGGAGAAUUAACAGAAAUCUACAAGCAGAUCUAGAUAUGGCAUAUCAUCCGUACUAUCCUUCAGCGAGAACAGAGUUCUCCAUUCCAGCAAUCAUUCAGCCUCUCAUCCCACCAGGGGUAAAUAGCAACACAGGAAACCAACAAACAGUCGCGUCGAAUUCAUUCAACUACCAUCAUCAUUUAUCUCCAACAUCGACUAAAGCAAAGUCGUUCAGUUCAACGUUUCCAACCCCGUCCUUCCACGGUGGAGCAGCGGCCAUGAUGGCUUCCACUGGCUUUGAGUCUGAACCUGAGAGACCGCGGAGUCCUCCGGCUACGGUGAAACUUGAAAACGAAGAUCUUUGGGAAGCGUUUCAUAAACAUGGAACUGAAAUGGUGAUCACAAAAGCAGGAAGACGAAUGUUCCCGGCGAUUAAAGUGAGGAUUUCUGGCCUCAAUCCACGCACAAAAUACAUCGUUUUACUGGAGAUAGUUCCCGUCGACGAAUGUCGUUAUAAAUUUCAUAAUUGUCGCUGGUCAAUCGCAGGCAAAGGUGACCCGGAGAUGCCGAAACGCAUGUAUGUUCAUCCAGACUCGCCCAACACAGGAGCUCAAUGGAUGCAAAAAGUCAUCUCGUUUCAUAAAAUGAAGCUCACAAAUAAUCCCAACGACAAAGAUGGAUUUACGAUCCUCAACUCAAUGCACAAGUACAAACCUCGCGUUCAUUUGGUUAAAUGUGAAGACAUCUACAGACUACCUUGGAGCUCGUUUCAAACUUUCGAGUUUCCAGAUACAAUGUUCUUUGCUGUCACAGCUUAUCAGAAUGAAAAGAUCACCAAGCUAAAAAUCGACAACAAUCCUUUCGCGAAAGGUUUUCGUGAGAAUGGCGCAGGACAGAAAAGACGAAAUCAAGAGAAACGAAAAGCGAAGAUUUUGGACCCACAAGAAAAGAAUUUAGAUACAGAUGUAGUUAAAUGUGAAAAUAAGAUUCCUUCGGAUUGUACAAGACUCUCCAUGGAACAGGUCCAGGAAGGGGAAAGCACGAGCGUCGUACCAGCUUCUCAUGAACAAGAAAUUCCAGCAACCGCUGGCGAAACAAGUGCAGGCUUUCCCACUGAAAGUUGGACACAUCAUCGCAAUGGUUACCACAGUAACAAUCACGCAUACAGGUCAGAUUUUCGGUAUGCUCCCUACCCUGCUCAGGCGCCAAGAAACUCGUUUAUGACGAAUCCAGGUUCGUUUCCACAUCGGCCAACGCCGGUAAUGUUCGGCCAGUCGUUCGCCCAUCCUAUGUACGGUACCUAUACGGUACCCUCGGCAUAUGUACCCUCCUGCGACGUUUUUACGCCAGAGACAAACAUGGAGAAUAAUGCCGGUGAUAUGUACAAUAUUCCUAUUGGCAAUAAGUUUUAAAACUAUCCGCUUUGUGUAACAGGGCUUUGAUUAUCUCCCUUGUCAUGACGUAUGGAUCAUUAUCAGUGAUUAUCUAAUAUUCUUUCCUUCAGUAACUGCACACAAAAAAUGAGUUACAAUUGCACUUAACAGAAAUGGGUUUAAGUCAGGGAAAACAAGCACUUCAUUUCCACAUCUACGGUAUACUAAAAUUUUUAAACAAAUGCAACUUAUAUGGAGAAAUUCGGAUGGUAAUAAUUAGUU